AUGGGUUGGCGACGGCAAUCGUACGAUAGGACGAGAGAGGAGAAUGAGAGUGUUUUGCUAGAGUUGUUGGAGGAUGUUAACUGGUUCAUCGCGCAGAUCGAUGAUGGCCUUCUCUUCCUUUCCUUCGACUCUGCUCCAACGAACUUUGUCCAAAGGCCAGACCCCGACAGCCAGCACACCCAUGGGACAGGCCUACGCGCCCUCUAA